GGCACCGGGAUGGGUCACACAGCUUCCCGGUGCCCCCUCGUGCCUCUGUGGUGCCCCAUGGCCGUGUCUCGCAGGCAGCAUGGCCCAGCAGCACCGUGCCGCGCCCCCCCCACUCAAGACGGAGGAGGACUACAUCCCAUACCCCAGUGUGCAUGAGGUGCUGGGCCGGGAGGGGCCAUUCCCCCUCAUCCUGCUGCCGCAAUUUGGGGGCUACUGGAUCGAGGGCACCAACCACCAGCUGAAUGGGGCCCCCGACCCCCCCCCGAACCCGGCACCCGGCACCCGUGUGCGGCUGGAGGGCAACCACACAGCCAAGAUCUACCGCAAGCACUUCCUGGGCAAGGAGCACUUCAACUACUACUCCCUGGACCCUGCUCUGGGCCACCUCGUCUUCUCCCUCAAGUACGAUGAGCAGGAGCACCUCCACCUGCUGCUGCGCACCCGUGCCCGCACCCUGCAUGAUGUGGUGCCCAUCUCCUGCCUGGCCGAGUUCCCCAAUGUGGUGCAGAUGGCCAAGCUGGUGUGCGAGGACAUCAACGUGGACCGCUUCUACCCGGUGCUCUACCCCAAGGCCUCCCGCCUCAUCCUUGCCUUUGAUGAGCACGUGCUCAGCAACCACUUCAAAUUUGGUGUCAUCUACCAAAAGCUGGGGCAGACCUCAGAGGAAGAGCUCUUCGGCACCACGGAGGAGAGCCCGGCAUUCACUGAGUUCCUCGACGUCCUGGGGCAGCGGGUGCAGCUCCGUGACUUCAAGGGCUUUCGGGGGGGGCUGGAUGUGACGCAUGGGCAGACGGGCAGCGAGUCGGUGUACUGCCACUUCCGCGACAAGGAGAUCAUGUUCCACGUCUCCACCAAGCUGCCCUACACUGAGGGUGAUGCGCAGCAGCUGCAGCGAAAGCGCCACAUCGGCAACGACAUCGUGGCCGUCGUCUUCCAGGACGAGAACACCCCCUUCGUGCCCGACAUGAUCGCCUCCAACUUCCUGCAUGCCUUUGUGGUGGUGCAGCUGGAGACCGGCGGCCCCCAGGGGCCCCUCUACAAAGUGUCGGUCACCGCCCGCGAUGACGUCCCCUUCUUUGGGCCGCCGCUGCCCGACCCCGCUGUCUUCAGGAAGGGCCCCGAGUUCCAGGAGUUCCUGCUCACCAAGCUCAUCAAUGCCGAGUACGCCUGCUACAAGGCCGAGAAAUUCGCUAAGCUGGAGGAGAGGACGCGGGCGGCGCUGCUGGAGACGCUGCACGAGGAGCUGCAGGGCCGCAGCCAGGCCAUGCUGGGGAUGGGCCCCGACGAGGAGCGCCCUGACAAUGGCUCAGCCCCGGGCUUCUUUGAGUCCUUCAAGGUGGGGCCGGGCGCUGGAAGGGGGGUGGGACCUCACGGAGGGGGCGAGGUCAUGCGCAAGAGCCCCGCUCCUCCAGGGCCGAGCCCCGCUGGGGCCACGCCCUCAGGUGCACGCCCCAGUGCUUGAGCACAAAGCCACGCCCCAUUCCCCGGAGCCACGCCCACUUUUCACACAAGGCCACGCCCCUUGAGAGCAGAGCCCUUUGCUCCACGUGCUAUGCCACGCCCCUUCUCUAAGCCCCGCCCCUCCCUUGGUGUAAGCCCCGCCCACCCACCUGCUCAGGCUCCGAACCUGCUCUUCGAUAAGCCCCUCCCCUCGAUGAGCCCUGCCCUCCCAUAGGCCCCGCCCUUCGACAAGCCCCGCCCCUCGCU